AUGAAGAAGAUAGCUCUAAGUCUCUGCGGCUUGCUAUUGUUGAACUUGUUCGUGAUCGAUGCUCAAUCUUUAUGCAAGGUGGAAUACAUGUUGGAAACUCUUAUCCUUCAAAACAACCUUUUGACGUCGUUAUAUGUCUCCAGUCRAGCACAAUGCGAGAUGAAAUGCAGAGAGAACUCAGGAUGCUUUAGCGUUAACUACUACGAGAAACAGAAGAAAUGUCAUCUCAACAAUGCAACGCAUCUUUCAAGACCUCUGCACCUCGUGUAUGACAUGGGAGGGAUUUACACUAAGAUAAAGAAUGAUUAUUGCAGUGAUGCAUACUGCAGUACAGGACACAUCUGUUUGAUGGACAGCGCUACAGACGAUUAUAUCUGUAAAGCCUGCAAUACUCCUCUUGGCUUAGAGUCAGGAACCAUUCCAAACAACAGGAUCUCUGCUUCCUCUUUCUGCUGUUCUAUCGGCCACGAACCAUGGCGAGGAAGACUCAGGAUGCAACCCAAAAUGCCGUACGGUGAUGCAGAUGUCGGUUGUUGGCAAGCUAAAAACCAGGUUGCUGGGGAAUAUCUGCAGGUGGAUCUUGGGAGUGUUUACCGAGUUACAAUGGUAGCCACCCAAGGUAGACCAUACGCACAUAGCACAUGGAUUACCUCAUAUAGUCUUUCUUAUGCUCUUAAUGACGGGAAUUUCUCUGACUACAAGGUUGGCGGAGCACUCAAGGUCUUCGCUGGGAACACUGACCGCGACACUAUCGUGACAAACGGUCUUCCAGAGUCAGUCAGGUGUCGCUAUAUUCGAAUUGUUGCUGUUACUUUCUCUGAGUCUCCUGCACUGAGAGCCGAAGUCUACGGGUGCCCUGAUGACUAA